GCCAAUAAGAUAUAUGUGUCCGGAUAAGAAGCGUGACUCAGUUCAAUCAUAUUAUUACAUUUUUUAAAGUGAAGCGCUUCGAAAAACAUUUGGAGAAGAGUUUUGCUUGUAUAGAAAAACGCUUAUCUGGAAAGAACAUUUUUGUAAUUGUUAAGUGCAACCAUCUCGAAUUCUUAUCCUUUCGCCAUUUUAGUUUCUUAAAAAACUAUUCGACGACGUAAAAUCGGCUUUUCUGAUGUUGGACGUGUUUUUUUGUAAUAAUAAAAUAAUUGAAUCGGAAAAUAUAUUCUAACACUUAUAGAACAUACUGUACGUGUGUGCAAGUAUGGAAAAUUCGAGUAACGGGUAUAGCGCAGAAGAAAAUGAUACCGAGGGAGAGAUAAUUCCUUCCAAAACGGAAUUGGAGUAUGCUUUAAUUAACUAUAUUUUGACUUCGGAUCGAAUAUUUUUUUUGCAUGAUCCGAACGUUUGGAACAAUUUCCAUUCUUCGAAUUUACAAAACUAUUGCAAAUAUAGCGAUUACACAGCUCAGAAACUAAGCUCUUACUUUCUCGGUAAAGUUUUGCCUAGGAUUUAUAAUUUUGAACUUCCAAUCGAAAAGAAAACCUUACUCCGAUUACUUGAACUUCAUCCCAAAUUCAAUAAGUUAAAAGAAGGAUUUAAAAUAAUUGAUUUGCCUGAAGAAACAAUAGAACAUACAGAUUUUACAACCGAAACUCCACGACGGUGUUUCCAAGAUGUAGAUGAAUUUUCAUUAGAGCCUAGUGCAAGCGAUGUAAGCCAUUCGGUGGUAACUUUAAGAAACACUCACCGAACAUUUAAAUGUAAAUCUAAACUGUCUGAUGAGAACCACAGCCUACUGUCAAUACUACUGGGUACCGAAGUCGAAUUAUCCAACCAAGAGUAUAUAUCGUUGGAAUCAAUCAAAAAACGGUUAAACGACGCUAAAGAAUUUUAUGAAGAUAAAGCAUUUUUGAUAGAAAGCUUUCGCAUGCCGUUAGAUGAUAUGCUGAAGCUAGUUAAGUCAUUUGUGCUGGUCAAACAAGCAAUUCAAAUUCUUUUAAAAACACAUUCUAAUUGA